CGUGCUCCCCCUUCUUGUUUCUCACUUCUUUUUGAGGGAAGAGAGGAAGAGAGAUCGAACCAAUCAGGAGCAUAGCCUCUUGUUUGCUUGCCAAGUUGACAAGAAAACUGGAAACUAUGUGAUGUCUAGACUAGAAUUGCCUGAACAUUAAUUUCAUAAGAUGUGAGACCUACAGGGUGUACAAGAAAACUGGAAACUAUGUAAUGUCUAGAAUUGCCUGAACAUUUUUUUGCUUUUCGUUUCAGUCUAGUGGUUAAUUAGCCAGAUCUUCUAGUCGUACUACAGGGUGUACUAGACGCCUAAAAAACAGAGUAUUAUCUAGCAUCUAUCAUCUAUCAGUGAGUAAAUUUCCACAUGUUGUCUAUCAGUGAGUAAAUUUCCACCUGAGUACAAAUUGCCAUAUUUCCAAAGGUAGGUUAUUUGGUUGGGGACGAUUUAGUGUUUCAUUACCUAAAUUAUUUUUCUCACCAUGAUCGAUGACCCGCCUUUACGGUGUUAUAGAUAGAUUGACAACUGCUGACGAGGUGGCAAUGGAAGUUAGCUCUGUCUAUGCUUGAUUUGAACUUUCUGCGGCCCACUCAUCCUUUGCUGCACUCGCAAGAUGGAGAUUGUGGUGGGUGCUUAGGAAGCAACCAUGAAAAUAGAGUUUGACAGGAGUACACCGCGCCUGCUUCCAUCUGCCUGUGCAGCCGCUGCCUUCGACGGUGGUUGCCCUGCCCGGUGACUGCUCAAGACUCUUCAGUGACCAGCAACUUAUCUUGUCCAGUUUGCAGAUCAACAACUGCUGAGCACUGUCUUUGCACUUGCAAGUUACAACAACGGGGAGCAGAUUGUAGAAGUGAAGAUCACAGAUAAGGAAGAUGGAGUUUGUAGUGGGUGCUUCGGAAGCCACCAUGAGAUCUCUCCUAGGCAAGUUGGGUGGUCUCCUUGCCCAAGAGUACACACUGAUCCGCGGCGUCCGCGGCGACAUCCAGUACAUCAACGAUGAGCUCGCUAGCAUGCAGGCCUUUCUUGGCGACCUCAGCUCUGCCCUGGAUGACCACGAUCGCCGGCUCAAGAACUGGAUGAAGCAGAUUCGUGACAUGGCAUACGACAUGGAAGACUGCAUCGAUGACUUUGCUCAUCGCCUCCCUCAGGACUCUCUCAGCGAUGCAAGAUGCUCCUUCAUCGUGACGAUAGUCUACGAGAUGUGGACGUUCUGGCCUCGCCGUGACAUUGCCUCCAAGAUUGCCGAGCUCAAGGUCCGGGCACAGUACAUUGCUAAGAGGCGCAACAGAUAUGGAGUGAACAACCCAAACCCAAGAACAAGCUCCGGAGCCGGAGCAACCCAUGCUGUUACGUAUGGCAUUGCUGAGCAUUUGGUGGCGAGCCGUCAGCUCAUCCGCACAGAGAACCCCGUGGGAGUGAAGGUGGACAUGAAGAAGCUCGGAGGUUGGCUAGCCAAACAUGAUAAAGGCUCUCGUCGAGCUGUUGUGUCAUUGAUUGGAUUUGGUGGUGUGGGAAAGACCACCAUUGCCAUGGCACUGUACCAAGAUUUCAGGAAUGAAUUUGACUGCCGUGCAUCAGUCACGGUGUCUCAGAACUUUGAUGAAGAUGAAGUCCUAAGGGAUGUUCUUGGGCAAAUCAAGCCAGCAGACAGUCAAAUCAAGACAAAGGAGGAGGUGCAGGAGGGCAGCAACGCAGGGAAGGUGGAGAAGAAGAGCCUAGUGACAGGUAUUAAAAGCUCAGUUAAGCGAGUUGUGCCACUGCUCUCUGGUCACAGGCCGCAAAGCAAUGAUGGCAGCAUGCAGAAUAAGAUAGAAACAAUGAAUCGUGACCAGCUUAUUGAAGAACUCAAAAAGCGCCUGCUUGGAAGGAGGUAUCUCCUCUUGAUUGAUGAUAUAUGGUCUGUACAAACAUGGGAGACCAUUAGAAAUUGGUUGCCACAUGAUAAUAAUAAUGAUAGCAGAGUAAUAGUAACUACAAGAUUUCAAGCUGUUGGUGCGGCUUGCUCAGAAAGAGAUGGAACUGAUUAUCUGCAUACAGUUAAUGCCCUAAGUGAUCCCGACUCCAAAAGUCUAUUUCAUCAGGGUGUUUCUGAAUCCCCAAGCAGCCAAGAAAGAAAAAGAAUGGAUACAAGAUCUCAAGCUGUUGGUGCUGAGUCCUCUGAAGGAGAUGGAACAGAUCAUCUGCAUUCAGCCGAUGUCCCAAGUGAUGCCAAUGCCAAAGGUCCGUUCGAUGACCGUGUUUCUGAUCCACAGAGAAGCAAAGAAAGGGAGAUAGAAGAGGUCCAUGAGGAGAUAUGGAAAUAUUGUGGGGGGCUGCCUUUGGCCAUAGUCACCAUGGCUGGCCUUGUGGCUUGCAACCCAACAAGAAACAACGAUCAUUGGAGUAAAGUUUGCAAGUCAUUAUUUCCAGAGCAGGUGGCUCCCCUUACAUUGGAGGGGGUCACAAGGAUACUUGAUUAUUGCUAUAAUGAUUGGCCAGCAGAUCUCAAGACCUGCUCAUUGUAUCUGAGCAUAUUCCCCAAGGGCUCGAAAGUUAGUAAGAAGCGUCUGACCCGGCGAUGGAUAUCAGAAUGUUUCGUCGCUGAGAAGCAAGGGCUGAGUGCAGAGGAAGUGGCAGAAACAUACUUCAAUCAGCUUGUAAGCAGGAAGAUAAUACGCCCUGUGGAUCACAGCAGCAACGGGAAGGUAAAAUCCUUUAAAGUUCAUGACAUGAUCCUGGAAUAUAUCGUGUCCAAGUCAAGCGAAGAGAAUUUUAUUACUGUUGUUGGUGGACAUUGGUUGAUGCCAACUCCUAGCAACAAAGUCCGUCGACUCUCCAUGCAAAGCAGUGGUUCCAAGCAUGGGAAUUCAACAAAAGGCAUGAACUUGUCUCAAGUGCGGUCACUGACAGCGUUUGGAAGCCAGAACAGACGGCUCCCUUUCCAUUCGUUCAACAAUGGAAUAAUACAAGUGCUAGAUCUUGAGGGCUGGAAGGGUUUGACAGAUAAGCAUAUGAAUGGCAUAUGUAAAAUGCUCGUGUUGAAGUAUUUGAGCCUCCGACGAACAGAGGUUUCUGAGAUUCCAUCAAAGAUUGAGAAGCUCCAGUAUCUAGAAACUCUUGACAUAAGGGAGACAAAUGUCGGGGUGCUGCCAAAAGCUUUUGGACAGCUCAAACAGCUCCGUAGCAUGCUUGGAGGGAACAAAAACACAAAGAAGGCUUUGAAGUUGCCACAUGAGAAGAACAAGGAGCCGAUGAAAGCACUUCGUAUCUUGUCAGGGAUUGAGAUCGAUGAGGACUCAUCAGCUGUAGCAAGCCUUCAUCAGCUGACAGGGCUAAGGAAACUUGCCAUUUACAAGCUCAAUAUAAGGGAGGGCGGUCAAACCUUCAAACAAUUACGCUCCUCCAUUGAGUACCUCUGUAGCUGCGGUCUGCAGACAUUGGCAAUCAAUGAUGAGAGCUCUAAUUUUAUCAACUCACUAGACACCAUGACCACUCCUCCCAGAUACAUCAUCGGCCUAGAGUUGUCUGGCAAGAUGGAAAGGCCCCCAAAGUGGAUCAAAGAACUCAAUAACCUCUAUAAGCUGACCCUUUCUGUGACAGUUCUUCGGACUGAUACUUUCAAGCUCAUCCAGGACCUGCCCAAAUUGUUUACGCUCACCUUUACACUCAGCGUAGCCAAAGAUGAUAGGGACAUAGUGGACAUUCUUGAGGAAAAUAAACAGCUUACCGACAGGGAGAUCAUUUUUCCACCUGGGGGAUUCAAGAGUCUAAAGCUGCUUCGCUUCUUUGCAACUAUGGUGCCAAGGCUGAGCUUUGCAGUUACUGGAAGGGAGGUAAUGCCAGCACUGGAGAGGAUUGAUAUGCAGUUUGAAGCCUUUGAAGGGAUUUACGGCAUUGAGACUCUCAAAAGCCUCCAAGAGGUGCAUCUCAGUGUUGGUAAUCAAGCAGAUGAAAUAACCAAGUUCUUGGUACAAGAUUUGAAGGACACCCCCAAGUACUUGGAUGAAAAGUACGCCAGCAAGUGGCCAAAGAUAAUCACCGAGUGAAGAGAUUGGAAUAUGUCACAUUAUCUUCCAGUUGAGCAACAAAUCAUCUGGUACGUAUCAUCGCGGGCUAAAUAAACAGACUGCAUCCAUUAUUGAAUAUUGUAAUGCAUAUGUAUGUGGUACUGCUGAAUCCGUCACUGAUUCUUGUAAUUUGUACUUCUAUUGUAAUGUUACUUCGAUUAUUGAUCUUUUUGAACUUA